CACCAAACUUUCGCUGUCGCCCAACGCGUCUGCACUGUCUCCAUCAAUCUCGAACGCCCCCGCCGCACUCCGUGCUUCACUCCUUCGACUCAGAGCCGUUUCCUUGCUUUCGAUUCUGCGACUGCGGGCAGCGAUUCUUUGUUUAUUUACGACAUUUGGUGUUGGGAAGGGAGUCCAAGGACUGGGGUGUGACAAGGGCUUUCCUAUACAACUCUACAUCCCCGACCGAGCGCGGCCAACGACGCACACGAUCCACCACUACCCUCUCGAAGCGCAUCGACAACCUACCCAGACACAUUCCGAGGCUUCCUGAAGCACCGCAAUCAUGGCUCGCAACAGCGAAAAGGCGCACUCGAUGCUCUUCCGCUUCCGCGCUGCGCAAGCCGCCGAAGCAGGCAUAAUCGACAUCUCGCGCACCCGCCGCCCCAAACUAAUAACCUCCGUCUCCUCGAUCCCCGUGUGCGAGAAGUGGCGCGGCCAGGUCCUCAAAGAGAUCAGCCGGAAAGUGACGAAGAUCCAGGAUCUCGCGCUGAGCGACUACCAGAUCAGGGACUUGAACGAUGAGAUCAACAAGCUGAUGCGGGAGAAGCACAUGUGGGAGGCGCAGAUUAGGAAUCUGGGUGGACCGAAUUAUAUGAGGGGAGGUAGGGUGGUGGAUGAGGAGGGGAGGGAGGUUCCUGGCGGAGGGAAGGGGUAUAGAUACUUCGGGCGCGCACGCGAACUGCCCGGUGUCAAGGAACUCUUCGAGCGGCAGCAGCGGCCUGAAGACGAUGAGGGGAUCGUGAAGGGGCGCGAGAAGCGGAGUGAGCUGCGGCAGAGAGUCGACGCAGGGUAUUAUGGAUACAAUCUUGAUGAAGAGGAUGGGACCUUGUUGGCGUAUGAGAGGGCGAAGGAGAAAGAGGCGUGGGAUAAUUUCAUCGAGCUGCCGGAUAAUCUUGACGAGAAACCAGGCAAGACGCAGAAGGAGUGGGUGGAGUUGCCAGGGGAUGCAGGGGAUGGGGUGAAGUGGAGGGUGCCGACGCUUGAAGAGGUCAACGAUGAGCUGGUGGAGCGAAGGAGGAGGAAGUUGCUCGAGAAGCUGGGCUGAAUACGUUCUCAUCAUCGACGACGGUCCGCGAUGCGAAGAACAGCUUCUACGUGGACACCGGGCUUGCAGUUCAACGGCGGACCAGCUUUACUUUCGUUUUGCAUUUCUUUUCGGGGGACUAAAAGUUUGGACAGAUUGAUUGAUACCCUCCGUGGACCAGAACGGAAUUGAGACCGAUGGGGCUCUUUUGUACACUGCAG